AAAAGUGUGAAGGAAGUUUGGGGAUAGAAAGGAGUACAAAUCUGGACAUGCCCGUACAUGAAUGAAAAGCACACACGAUCUCUCCGCCCCCUGUUUGCUUUGUCCCCCCGUUCUCGGUUUACGUCCCCUCCGAUUAUUUGGUUCAUCAAGCUCCGAUUUCCCACACCGUUGAAGAUAAAGAUCACCGACACAAUGAACCUACCCCCUGAGGAAGCUCGUCGUCGAUUACUCUGCGCCCUCUCCAAAUCCACUCAUCACCCGCUUCCCCAUCUCCGCCUCUUGUUUCUGUUUGUUCCUACCUAAGCUCAAACCUCGAUGAAUCCGUUUUUCUUGAACUCGACGUCUACCCUUAACCUUCUUUUUCCUCUAUCUUUUAAAAAAAAUACGGAACCAAGAUCUUCAGUCCCCACGGCUGGUGGGAUUCGGAAUUGUUUUAUUUACAAUUGUUUUCUGAAUCGAUGCUUCGUCUCUUAACUGAAGACCUGCUUAUGCGAGUUCUUGACAAGCUCAGCUCCAACGCGGAUCGGAAGUCAUGGCGGCUUGUUUGCAAGGAGUUCCUUCGACUUGAAUUGCUGACCAGGCGAAAAGUGCGGAUCCUCCGUAUCGAGUUCUUGCUUGGGUUGCUUAGAAAGUACUGCAACAUUGAGGCACUGGACCUCUCUGUAUGCCCGCGGAUCGACGAUGGAGCCGUAUCAGUGUUGCUGAGUCAUGGUUCACUAAACUGGACCAAAGGACUGAGGAGGUUGGUGCUCUGUCGGGCCACUGGCUUGGGGUAUCGAGGGUUGGAGCUGUUGAUUCGUGCGUGUCCUUUGCUAGAGGCCAUUGAUGUUUCCCAUUGUUGGGGAUUUGGGGACAGAGAAGCAGCUGUGCUUUCGUACGCAACCAGGUUGACGGAGCUGAAGAUGGACAAGUGCCUGGGGGUGACUGAUGUUGGUUUGGCAAGGAUAGCUGUUGAUUGUAGCAAUUUGAAGAGCCUGAGUUUGAAGUGGUGCUUUGAGAUUUCUGAUCUGGGCAUUGAUCUUCUUUGUAAAAAAUGCCUAGUUUUGGAGAUGCUUGAUAUUUCAUAUUUGAAGUUGACGAGUGAAUCCUUGAAAUCAAUUGCUUCUCUGUCAAAGCUGGAGCUUUUGGUCAUGGUGGGCUGCUCUUUUGUCGAUGAUGUUGGACUUCGGUUUCUUGAAAAAGGAUGUCCACUUCUUAAGGCAAUUGACGUAUCGAGGUGUGAUUUUGUAAGCUCAUCUGCUUUGACAGCCAUAGUCGGUGGACAUAGCAGUCUUGUGCAGAUAGAUGCAGGAUAUUGCCUCGUGGAGCUUUCAUUAUCCCUUGUUGAAUGCAUGAAGAAUUUGAAGAACCUGACCGUGGUUAGAAUUGAUGGUGUCCAAGUUUCUGACCUUGCCCUCCAGAUCAUUGGCACCAGCUGCAAGUCUCUAUUGGAAAUUGGUUUAAGCAAAUGUGUUGGAGUCACUGACACGGGAAUCACGCAGCUAGUGUGCGGCUGUGGUAAAUUGAAAAUUCUCAGUUUAACAUGUUGUCGACUCAUCACUGAUGUUGCUAUCUCUGCUAUAGCAGACUCCUGCCCCCACCUCGUCUGUCUGAAGUUAGAGUCAUGCAAUAUGGUGACGGAGGAGAGUUUUUAUGACCUUGGAUCCCGUUGCUUGCUUCUAGAGGAGCUUGAUCUCACUGAGUGCUCUGGGAUUAAUGAUAGAGCACUCAAAUACCUAUCAAGAUGUUCAAAACUCUUGACAUUGAAGUUAGGAUUAUGCACCAACAUAUCAGACGUAGGAUUAGCAUAUAUUGGUUGUAACUUCCCAAAGCUGGUUGAACUUGAUCUCUACCGCUGUGCAUGCAUCGGAGAUGAUGGGCUAGCAGCACUUGCUACUGGUUGCAAACUACUGAUAAACCUCAACGUGUCAUAUUGCAAUAGAAUUACAGACGGAGGGAUGGAAUAUAUUAGUUAUCUAGGUGAACUGUAUGAACUGGAGAUGCGCGGACUGGUGAACAUUACUAGUAUUGGCAUAAGAAAAGUUGCAGUCAACUGCAAAAGACUGGCAGAUCUAGAUUUAAAACAUUGUGAAAAAAUUGGUGAUCCAGGCUUCUGGGCCAUUGCUUUUUACUCACACAACUUGCGCCAGAUAAAUAUCAGCUACUGUGCUGUUUCGGACGUGGUUUUGUGCCUUCUCAUGGGGAACUUGAAACGGCUGCAGGAAGUGAAGUUGGUGAAUAUUUCUGAAGCUACCGUCAGAGGGUUGGAACUUGGCCUCAGAGCCAGUUGUGGUCGCAUCAAAAAGGUGAAACUACAGGCAUCUUUGAGGUUCUUGCUUUCGUCAGAAAUACUUGACAUACUGCAUUUACGAGGGUGCAAGAUCAGAUGGGAUUAGCAUUUCUUUUCGUGGCAAUUUAACAAGACUUCCUGUUAUAUUUGCUUCUCCCCGGAAUUGAUGAUGCUUAAUGAUUACUUUCAGACUAUUCCAGAAUGGGAACUGUCUCUUUUAAAAUUUAAAUAAUGGUUAUUGGAGCAGGAUCAAGGACAGUUCGUGUGUUCGUUAAGGCAAAAAGCCAAAAAUGUAUAAUCUUUUAGUGAUAUAUUGACAAUGAGAAGGAAGAAUGACAGAAAACAUUAGUUCUGUAUG